GUGAAACCUGAAUGCAUGCUCUUUGUCUCCCUCCACAGCUGCUUUGCCGAGUUACAUCAGGCAAGGCUUUCUGGAGGCACUGUCAAUGCUAAGACAAAGGAAAAGAAGAAAAUCCUUCAAACAGUCAAGCGCUGUCUCUCCGUUUUCAAUGAGGACUAUGAGGACGACGAUGAACAGGAUGCCCAUGAAUGUGUGUUGCUCCUCCUCUUUCAGCUGAAGGCGGAGGGUAUGGCAUUAAAGGGCUCACCAGAGCCGUACACCUGCCCCGUGAAGCAGUUAGAAUUCAAGCUGAAGACUUCCCGUACCUGCACCAGCUGUGGAGUUAUAGUGUAUGGUCAGGAGGAUUACAAUCACUUGUCACUGAGCCUGAGCCAUUACCUGACACACAGCCUGGACCUCUACUUUAAGCCAUCUGCGUUAGAGUGUGCAUGCAGGGUGUGCUCAGGCAGCAUGGCAUCUGUGACUAGGCACUUCCUCACGCUGCCACGGGUCCUAAUGCUUCAUAUCAAGCGAUUUACUGCAGGCAACUGGGAGCCAGAGAAGGUGGAUGAUCCCAUGUCCAUCCCUGCAGAAAUCACCCUCCCAGCCAUAUGUGGGGAGACAGCCAAUGUCCAGCAUGGAGCCAGGGCAAGCUCCCUGGGGAAAAACAACAUGGACAGCACACCUGCAAACUCCCCAAAAGGCACCCUUGAUAGACCAGAGACACCAGCCAGACAAGAUCUACAAAUUGUCAAGUGUAAUCUCACAUCUGGGAGACAACAUGUAUACAGGCCACUACAUCAGUGAUGUUUUGGACAGCCGUGGCAGUGGGUGGCUCUGCCUGGAUGACGCACAUGUCUUGAGAACAAAUGAGGCCACUGUGCUGAGGGCGAUUGCACAGACUGCCUACAUCCUGUUCUAUGUCUGCAGUGGAGCAGGUGAAGGAGACCAGGCACCUCACUACCAGGAAAAGCACCAGGAGAACCCAUCAUUAAACUCAGGGAGAGGCACAGCUCUCAGGGACCACCUGGAGUAGCACCUACCACACACCAAGAAAUAUCAGAUUAAUCGAAUUAGGCUGCCCAACACCACCAUCAACUGCCCUAGACCACCAUCAACUGCCCUAGACCACCAUCAACUGCCCUAGACCACCAUCAAGCUGCCCUAAACCACCAUCAGGCUGCCCUAGACCACCAUCAGGCUGCCCUAGACCACCAUCAGGCUACCCUAGACCACCAUCAGGCUACCCUAGACCACAAUCAAGCUGCCCUAGACCACAAUCAAGCUGCCCUAGACCACCAUCAAGCUGCCCUAGGCCACCAUCAACCUGCCCUACACCACCAUCAGACUAUCCUAGACCACCAGGACAUCAGGCUGCCCUAGACCACCAGGACAUCAGGCUGCCCUAGACCACCAGGACACCAGGCUGCCCUAGACCACCAGGACACCAGGCUGCCCAAGACCACCAGGACAUCAGGCUGCCCUAGACCACCAGGACAUCAGGCUGCCCUAGACCACCAGGACAUCAGGCUGCCCUAGACCACCAAGACACCAGGCUGCCCUAGACCACCAGGACACCAGGCUGCCCUAGACCACCAGGACAUCAGGCUGCCCUAGACCACCAGGACAUCAGGCUGCCCUAGACCACCAGGACAUCAGGCUGCCCUAGACCACCAGGACAUCAGGCUGCCCUAGACCACCAGGACACCAGGCUGCCCUAGACCACCAGGACAUCAGGCUGCCCUAGACCACCAGAAGAAACAGCCUACACCACAAAGCAUUUACCCACUCUAGGCCAUCUACUGUAUGUUUACAAUUGUAUAAAUAUUAAACAUCUCACUGACCUAGUGCAAUUAAUUUUCCUUUACUGUACAUGGUAGUUAAUAAAUGUACCUGCAUUGCAUUCAGAAAGUAUUCAGAUCUCUUGACUUUUUCCACAUUUUGUUAAGUUACAGCCUUAUUCUAAAAUGGAUUAAAUUGUUUUUUUCUUCUUCUCAUCAAUCUACCCCAUGACAGCAAAAACAGGUUUUUCUGAUUUUUUUGCAAAUUUAUAAAGAAAACAAAAAGCUGAACUAUCACAUUUACAUAAGUAUUCAGACCCUUUACUCAGUACUUUGUUGAAGCACCUUUGGCAGCGAUUACAGCCUCGAGUCUUCUUGCGUAUGACGCUACAAGCUUAGCACACCUGUAUUUGGGGAGUUUCUCCCAUUCUUCUCUGCAGAUCCUCUCAAGCUCUGUCAGGUUGGAUGGGGAGCAUCGCUGCACAGCUAUUUUCAGGUCUCCAGAGAUGUUCAAUCAGGUUCUAGUCCGGGCUCUGGCUGGGCCACUCAAGGACAUUCAGAGACUUGUCCCCAAGCCAACCCUGCGUUGUCUUGGCUGUGUGCUUAUGGUCGUUGUCCUGUGGGAAGGUGACCCCUUCGCCCCAGUCUGAGAUCCUGAAUGCUCUGGAGCUGGUUUUCAUCAAGCAUCUCUCUGUACUUUGUGCCGUUCAUCUUUCCCUCGAUUCUGACUAGUCUACCAGUCCCUGCUGCUGAAAAACAUCCCCACAGCAUGAUGCUGUCACCACUAUGCUUCACCGUAGAAAUGAUGCCAGGUUUCCUCCAGAUGUGACGCUUGGCAUUCAGGCCAAAGAGUUCAAUCUUGGUUUCAUCAGACCAGAGAAUCUUGUUUCUCAUGAUCUGAGAGUCUUUAGGGGGCUUUUGGCAAACUCCAAGCCUGCUGUCAUGUGCCUUUUACUGAGAAGUGGCUUCCGUCUGGCCACUCUACCAUAAAGACCCGAUUGGUGGAGUGCUGCAGAGAUGGUUGUCCUUCUGGAGGGUUCUCUAAUCUCCACAGAGAAACUCUGGAGCUCUGUCAGAGUGACCAUCAGGUUCUUGUUCACCUCCCUGACCAAAGCCCUUCUCACCUGAUUGCUCAGUUUGGCCAGGCGGCCAGCUCUAGGAGUCUUUGAGGUUCCAAACUUCUUCCAUUUAGGAACGAUGGAGGACAUUUCCUUUGACCUCAUGGCUUGGUUUUUGUUCUGACAUGGACUAUCAACUGCGGAACCUUAUAUAGACAGGUGUGUACCUUUCCAAAUCAUGUACAAGUAUUUCUGUUUUUUAUUUUGUAUACAUUUGCUAGAAUGUCUAAAAACCUGUCUUCACUUUGUCAUUAUGGGGUAUUGUGUGUAGAUCGAUGAGGAUGUUUUAUUUUUUUAAUCCAUUUUGAAUAAGGCUGUAACGUAACAAAAUGUGGAAAAAGUCAAUACUUUCCUAAUGCACUGUAUAAGAGGCAAUCUCUAUCAUUCAUUCAUGUUGGGUAAAAAGUGGAAAAAGUUAAUAUUACAACAAUAUUGUGUAUCUACGCACUCCCUCGGAGUUGUAACGUAACCACAAAUACAAUGAAGUAAUGGAACAAUGAAUGGCAAUGUAACAUAGACCAUACAUCACAUAUCAGUUUGGAAGACAGUCUUGACCCACAACUACUGUGGGAAAGACUAAGAGGACAUCAACGUGUUGCACAAAAAAUACAAAAUAUUUUUCUAUAAUGGAUAUGUUUAUUGGUCUUUUACAACAAUAAAAAAAAGGCUAGAAAUACAGGAAUACAAGAAAUAAAAGGAGAUGAUGAAUACCUGGUCGUCAACAGCCAGUCCACUAAUAAUAACAAUCUUCAGGAUGUUAAAGCUUUGAACCCAUUGAAAUCCUACUUUCUGCCUGGCAGACAAGGCUCCAUAAAUCAUUCUGCUAUAACACUGGUUCACACCAACACGAUGGGAGAGGUGCUUAUGGUAUAUGACACUAAAGCUAUAAAACUGGUUCAAACACUAUACACUUUUCCCCCCCACAUGUCUUUAUUGAGAAGUGUCUUUCAAAAGAAACAGAAACCUUUUUUCCCCCCAAUUUGUUAUGGUUUAAAAUUAUUAAUAAAGGCCUCAUAUGUAUUUACUAAUUUACAAAAUUGUAAUUUAUGUUUAACAAUCAAGGCAUCAACAAGUGUGCAUAUUCAAAUUGAUCGAUUGCUCUACCCUGAACCACUGAAUUAAAACCAACUCUCUAACACUCAAUAAAACUUCAAUAAACAUGAAUUAUCCUUCUGUAAAUCAUGCUGAUAUUAUUCAGCCAUUUGUAAUGCAUUGAAAUUAAGGUGACACGAGAUGUCCAAGAAACCUUAUGCAUUUUGAGUUAAGUAUUUUGUACAUGGUACAGAAAACAUAACUGAAUAGGCAGAAUUAUACAUAGCAAUAUUGUAGUAUGUCAAGCACACAUUUGGGCUGUCUUCCUAAAAAAAAGGGCCUUUGCUCCAAGUCUGACAAACCUAAUUCCACACAUUAUCGUACACCACUUAAAGUAGACUGAUAUGUCAAAUAUAAAAUGGUGGGUUAUUGGACAAGGUUACAUUGGUCAAGUUAACAGGGUUUUUUGCUGGUCAUAUAUAAAGGGGGAAUGCUGAGGCAACAUGGCGUGGUACAAUCUAAUUUACUACAAACCUGCUACCAAAUAGUUAUUUACAUAGUUAUUUUUAUACUAAACUAAAUGGAUUGCAGUAUCUCUAUGACAGUGGUGGUUUUGAUGAUUCAGUGGGAUUGUCAUUUAGGCUACCAUUUAAAAAGAAUUCCCUCACUUAUGCUGUGCUAUGUUUUACAUAUCCUGGUCCAAUCUUGUACAAUCAUCAAAGACAUGUUUUUACCGACUUGUGUGCAGUCGUCCACCUGUGUGCCAGUAAACCAGCUGAAAUGACAGUGGUUAAAUUCUAGCUAGAGGGCUGUUUGAUUCUAAUGGCUGUUCCAGGGAAGUAGCUUAACAUAAUUAUUUGUUUUCCUGUUAUUUGUUUUCGAGUGCCUAUGCACACUCAGACUCCUAUGCAAUUUAAAUGCACUUUUAUCUGCAAUUGAUGUUAAAAACAAAUCCAAGGCUUGAUGUGCAGUACAUUCAUAUGGAGGAGAUUAUGGAUUUGCUUGGCCCUGCAGCUUGCCAUAGAGGGGUAAGGCAGAGUAGUGGGGUCCACUGCUGGUGUCUGGGGUUAGGAGGACAGGGGUAAGGGUUGUGGGGGGCGGAUGCCAUGCUGCGUGUGGGCUGGAGGGAGAGCUUCUACUCUGGUUGGGGAGCUGCUGGUGUCUCGUUGGCAUUGGCGUCCGUGGGCUCGUUUUCCACCUCGUCGUCGGAUAGGAGGUCUAUCGAUGUUCCCUCCACCUGCCUGAGCGGCUGGGGGAGAAACUGAUGGGGCCUCCACGCCUGCAGGGGACAGAGGGGGCCAGGAGAGGUGGAGAGGUAUUAGUAACGAGGACCACAAUUUGGCCAAUAUACACAACUGUUUGUGUGAAAAAUAUAAUCUUAGAGUUUGUAUGUGUGUGUGUGGGGGGCUCUAAAUACCUGAGGCGGCUCUGGAGUGUGACCUCACGGCUGAGACCUUCGCUGGCCUCAGUGGCAUCAUCCAGCUCCCUCUGCAGCUUCCUGCGGUAGGCGUUGGCACGUGUGGCCUCCUCCACAGCUGCUUCAUGCGAGAGUUGGCCUCCUCCAUCUGACUCAGCAAGGAGUCACAACAGACAUCAACAAUGAUGAACAGUCAAUACUAAUACUUACAAUACUCAGCAGUCCUGUGGUCCAAUGGUUACUGGAAAUAACCUACUGUAGGAAAGACUCCAAUCCUAAAUCUUCACACCUAUCCAAUCCUGUCCCACCUGUGAGGAUCUGUGUUUAUUGCGCUAUAACCCAAUACUACAUCACGUGAUUGAAUAUUAGCAACUGUUGGCCUGGGCGCCUGGGUGUCUGUGCUGGAAGUAACAUUUUGCCCCAGAUAGUGUGCUGAGAAGCUGUGGUUAACCUUGAGCGAGAACAGUAUGCUUUCUAUGCAGGUGCAAAUAGCUCAAACAAUGUUACAGAACUGUCUGACCUCAGUCUCUAGGGUGUGGGAGCAUAAUCUACACAGCAACAGCGCCUGACACCAAGGAGCGCCAAGAGGCUGGGACCAGCCUGAGCGCCGGCGAUGGGCUGAGCAAGUUUAAACCACGCUCAGCCUCUACUGUGAUAGGCCAACAGACGGGUUGGAACUACGUCUAUCACAGUAUCAGAACAGCUGUUUACUUACCUCCUGCCAGUUCUCUGUUCUACCCUGCGAGGUGUUACAGUGAACCCGUAUAUACGAAAAUUGCCUUUACCAUUUAUCGCUUGAGUUUAAUAAAAAUACUUAAAGUAUA